GGAAGCCAAUCCACGUGGAAAAUCGCCAUCUCUGAGCCCUCCCCACCCCCGCAGGAACCUUCGCGGAAACCUCCUCCUCCUCCCCGCAAUAAUUACUUUCGAUCCCUUUUUCUCCACUCGCCGUUAUAUAUCCACUCUCCCUUCGCUGAGUACAGAAACCACCGCCGGCGAAGAACCAUCUAUCGAUCCUCCCGGUUCUGCCCGCCAACCGUUCGACGAAUUGCCGCUGAAGAGGAGGCAUGGCUUCCGCGGCGUACAAUGCGGAGGGAGGGCUUGAAGCAGGGCUUAUUAAGCCCAGCAGCGUUGGCAGAGGGCUGAGCAAGGAGAUGCGGCAUGGUCAUGGCCGCACAGCGCACAACAUGUCGUCUUCCUCGCUUCGAAAGAAGUCGGACCUCACUCUCGUUUCUAAAGUUCGGUGGGAGAUUCUUCGAAAUGUAUUGGCUAAUUUACAGGAGAUUUUUCUCGGGACGAAGCUCUUUGUUCUGUUUCCGGCGGUUCCGGUCGCCAUUGUUGCGCAAACCUAUGGAUUCGGACGAGCGUGGGUGUUUACAUUAAGUUUGCUAGGCCUGACUCCUCUUGCUGAACGAGUCAGCUUUCUAACUGAGCAAAUUGCAUUCUACACCGGUCCUACUGUGGGAGGUCUGCUAAAUGCGACGUGUGGGAAUGCCACUGAGCUUAUUAUAGCUUUGUUUGCACUGUACGAAGAUAAGAUUGAUGUUGUGAAGUUCUCCCUUAUUGGCUCAAUCCUCUCCAAUUUGCUGCUUGUUCUCGGCACCUCACUAUUCUGUGGCGGCAUUAGAAACAUUCGCAAGGAGCAAACUUUUGAUCGGAAACAAACUGAUGUGAACACGAGCCUCCUAAUUCUCGGGGCUCUGUGCCAUAUUCUUCCACUAAUGUUCAGAUACGCUGUGAGCUCCGGCGAGCACAAUGCUUCUUCUUCACCAACUCUGACAUUGUCGAGGGUGUGCAGCAUUGUCAUGCUAGCAGCUUAUAUUGCUUAUCUUUUCUUUCAACUUAAGACUCAUCGUCAGCUCUUUGAGUCACCAAAGGAAGAUGAUGGGACUAAUGAUGUGGUUUCUGAAGACGAGGCAGUGAUUGGAUUCCCGAGCGCUUUGGCUUGGUUGGUUGGAAUGACUGUUAUUAUUGCAGUUCUGUCAGAAUAUGUUGUUGGGACCAUUGAGGCUGCUUCAGAUUCUUGGGGCAUACCCGUUAGUUUCAUAAGCAUCAUAUUACUACCCAUCGUGGGGAAUGCAGCAGAGCAUGCUGGUGCCAUCAUUUUUGCAUUCAAGAACAAGCUGGAUAUAACUCUCGGAGUGUCGUUGGGUUCGGCAACUCAGAUUUCUAUGUUUGUGGUUCCAUUGAGCGUUAUUGUGGCCUGGAUAAUGGGAAUUAGAAUGGAUCUUGACUUCAGAUUACUCGAGACCGGAGCUCUUGUCGUCUCAAUUUUAUUGACAUCGUUUGCUUUACAGGAUGGAUCUUCACAUUAUCUCAAGGGAUUUGUUCUGCUUCUUUCUUACAUUGUUAUCGGGGCAUGUUUCUUUGUACUAGGGAGCCCACCAGGUAAUGGCGUCCAUGUUAAUGCAAUCCCUGCAAGUUUCAACAUUGUGAAGUCUUAAGAGGCCAGCAGAUUUUAAUGCUUUCCGAAUGUUAAAGCUCAAGCUUCGUUGUAAUUUUGCUAGCAAGCAGCAGUCUGGUGCUUGGCCCGUAAAUUUGAACAUUUCGGAUGGUCAAUUUUGUCCUCCAAAAAACUCUUUUUGGGCGGAUGGAGAGGAUCACCUCUUGUUGUAUGUGAUUUUCACUGCUUUUGUAAAUUAUUAUUUUGUUUUCUCUGUGGAUGAAAAAUAAACAAUUGCAUUCGCUUAGCAGUAUGAAUUUUGUUCAUUAUUCAAAUUAAUCAUGAAACCUUUGUCUCAUGUCUCAUUUAUAAAU